AUGACCUCCCCUGAAAACAUUGCAAAUGGCGUACCGGUUCAAAGGGAGGUUAUAGUUACGGUCAAAAAAGAGUCAAUUGGAUCAUUCAAGCUGGACGGUUUGGUACCUGCGGUGUUUACACCGAUGACCAAAGAUGGAGCAGUCGAUUAUGACAAGUUUGAAAUGUAUUGUAACCAUCUUACAAGCAAAGGAAUGUCCCAAAUAUAUGUAAAUGGAACAACUGGAGAAGGAUUUUCGUUAACUCUGGACGAGAGAGAAAAGAUUGUUGAGAAAUGGAUUGAAGUCGGGAAAAAAAGGUAUGUGAAAAUCUUGAAGAAACUCAACACAAUAACGAUGAACCUUUUUAAAGGAAUAGUAAUGAUAACGUCAGCAACGCGUAUGGUGCUUAACGGAAAAAUAAAGUCUAUCGUAGUCCAGGUCGGAGCCUUGAAUCUUCAUGACACAAAAACUAUGGCUGAACAUGCUGUGAAGGUCGGGGCGGACGCAAUAGCCACGGUACCGCCGCUUUUCUUUAAGCCAAAGACAGUCGACUACCUUGUCAAAUAUUGUAAGGAAGUUGCGAGCGCUGCACCGAACCUUCCAUUCUAUUUUUACCAUUUGCCUGGUGCAACUGGUGUGGAACUUUGCAUUGAAGACUUCUUGAAAGUUGCUGCUAAAGAAAUACCUUCUCUUGUUGGUGUCAAAUUUUCUUCAACCGAUUUGGUAGACUUUAUUGGAUGCGUACAUGUGCCAGCACCAAAUAGAGAUGAUGGAAAGUUCAAUAUGAUGUUUGGAUAUGACCAGAUAAUUAUGGCGGGAAAGAUCCUUGGAGCUGAUGGUGGCGUUGGCACGUCGUUUAACUUUAUGGCCUAUGUCAGCAGAAAGGUAUUAGACAGCAAAGACAAAGGUGACAGUAUUGAAGCACGCCUUUAUCAGUAUCGCACUCAGCAAACAUGUAAAGUGGUGUAUAAAUACGGGGAUCUCCUUGGUGGCAGCGUGGCAGCAUUCAAGGCCCUAAUGACUUUGAUCGAUGUUGAUCUUGGUCCAGCAAGAUCGCCAAUGAGAUGCCCAACUGAUCAAGAAUUAGUAGAGAUCAGAUCAGAACUGCAGAAUAUUGGAUUCUUCGAUUGGUAUGAUUGACAUUGAACUAGAAUUUGUAACUUGUGUCACCUGAUAUAAGUGCGAGGAACAAAGGAACAAACUU